UGUUUGAAUAGAGAUGCGGCUUAGUUGUGACUUUGUUUCAGACUAUUUCCAAUGACGAAACUGAGCAAAAUCAGUUGAUCUCCAGAGCGGCAGAUGGCAGUAGAGAGUUAAUGUAGUGACCACUUCAGAGCAGAGACAGCGACUGAGACACAAACACAAACAAAUGGCACUCAGCGGACUGACUGAGCGGAAUCACACCGCAGCGGAAAAGGACUGAACACACUGACAUUUGUGUGACUGUACAGUUUAAAGUUGCUGGUAUCAGGCUGGAGUUGGUGUGUGCUUCCCAUGGGUGCAUCUGUGUGCCGGCACGGCCGCUCGCUGCUGUCCCGUCACAGCAGGGCUGGUCAUAAGGGGUCUCUGAUGGGAGGGGAUGACUCUCUGGACGGUCUGGAUAGACAGGAGGACAUCGCCCAGUUCCCGUAUGUGGAGUUCACAGGCCGGGACAGCAUCACCUGUCCUACUUGCCAGGGGUCUGGACGCAUCCCAUCAGGUCAGUUAAACGAGUUAGUUGCUCUGAUCCCCUACAGCGAUCAAAGGUUACAGCCACGGAGAACGAAGUUAUAUGUGGUGCUGUCAGUGAUUUUGUGUCUGCUGGCGUCUUUUUUGGUGGCUUUCUUCCUUUUUCCACGUCCUGUGCUGGUCGUUGAUGAUGGGAUUCGCUCUGUGACUGUGCACUUUGACCGUAACAACAGCAAAGUGCUUAUCAACAUGACGAGCUCCUUGAAUGUCACCAACUCUAAUUUCUUCACGGUGUUGGUGGACAGUGUGAGCUGCCAGGUGCUCUACAUGAAGACAGUCAUCGGAGCUCAACAGCUAGACAACGUCAUCCAUAUUCAACCUCUCAGCCAGAAACAGGUCAACUUCACUGUCAAGAUGGAGAUUGGUGGAAGUCUCUCUUACGUUUAUGCCUUUUGCACCAUGGCAAGCAUCAAAGUCCACAACAUUGUGGUGUUCAUGCAGACCACUGUGAAAACCUCCUACAUGGUGAGGACGACACAGAACACUCUGGAAGCUUACCGCUACAUCGACUGUGGCGCCAACUCCACCAUCCACCAGCCCUCAGGAAUGAUGUGGUCUAGACCUCACUUCUCUUAGAAUGGGAAACUGCUCAGGUGAAGCAUCAACCAGCGGACACUUCUCAUCAGACGGUUUGAUUCUCAGUGGCAGCUUAGUUUCAUCAACUUUGACUCCAGAUUUUGUGCUGCACUGAAUCUGAACCCAUUGAACAGAGCAGCUACGAUGUAAGAUAUUGCUUGAAUUGAUUCCUCGCCACAGAUAUUGAUGGUGUAAUCAACCGAACUCUCUGUAAGUCUUUGCUAUUUCGAGAGCUUCUAACUUGCUCAGUCUAUAAUCUAAAAAGGGUGUUAUAUAAUUUUGCAGUGAUUUGAAAAUGGAGAUUAAUUAUUGAAGGAAUUGUCACUGAUGAAGUGCACUUUAAAAUACUUCUGUGAAAUAUUUUAGACAUUCCUGAUUAUGUUUUAUGCAAAUGUCUCUAAUUGUCUCUGCAGUGCCAAAGAUUUCACGUGUUUACCAGUCAAAUUUCUUUGAUCGAUGGGUUUUAAAGUGACUCAUUCAGCAAUAUCAAUCCACUUGAAUCCAUUCAUCAGUCACAAAGACUAAGUAUCAGAACAGAUGUUCUCAUAGGGUUUGAUUUGUUGUGAAGUGAAAAGGUUUUGUUUAGACUGUUGUGUGAUGCUGAGAAGGAGGGAACUGUUACAAAACAAUCAAUAAAAGUGAUAGUUCACCCAAAAAUGAAAAUUACACCAAGUUUUACUCAUCCUCAAGCCAUCAUAGGUAUAUUUGUCUUUCUUCAAUCAGAUUAAUUCAAUUGGAGUUCUAUUAAAAAAAUGUCCUGGCUCUUUCAGGCUUUAUAAUGGUAGUGAGUGGCUGUUGAGAUUUUUA